AUGGCCAGCCCGCGAGGACAUGCCGGCCGCGACGAGGACAACAACGCGGAUGCGAAGCUGCGCUGCUCCAUCUCCAGCGACGGCAAGUGGCCGAGCUUGAAGCGCGAAGACGCCUCAGGGUCCAUUUUUCUUGAUGGAUCGGAGCACCACGGCGCUUCGAGUGGCUUCCCCCACGCGCACCACGGGAACAACAACGACGGGCUGCACGGUGCUGGAUCGGGCGGUCCGUUGACCAUUCCUGUCAGCAAUGACGGCGGCAUUGGUAGCGGGGCUUCGGAUUGGCACGCGAUCUCUUCAAAUUCCUUCGACGACACGUACUUGGACCAUGACUACACCAGCACGGCGGUGUCGCUCGCGUCGUCUUCUUCGGCUUCGUCUCUCAGCCACUUGAACGAGCCCAUGAACAAGCUCGCUUUGGACAGCGAAGACCACGACUUGCCAGUCAUCUCGAUGCCGUACCCAGGUACUAGCUGGUUCUUGGGCGGAAAGUCCGACGUUGGAAGUGGCAACAACGGGUUUGCCUUGCCGACACUUGGCGGACUUACGCCACAGUCCCAGGCGCCCUGCUCAGCGACAACCCAGAGCAGCGCUCCAUGCUCUAUCAACACGCCAAGCUUCCAUUCAAGCACUGUGGACUAUUCCACCUCGACGGGAAAGCUGCCAGGAGAUACGUUGCCCUGUCCGUCUGACGCCCCCUCCCCAGUUCAAAUGGAAAGUUUUACUCCAUGCCUUCCCCACGCCCUGGAACCGUCGGAGCUUCUCUUUGAAGACAUUAGCACCUGGACCGGGGGCACUGCAGAAGCCUACGACAACCAGCACUACCACCAACAGCACGGUCAGCCCUUCUACAACGUGUCCUCGCACAUGACGACACCAAACGGGUACAUGUUCUUCGAUGGUGCUGCGUCUAGCAGCACCGCCGCCAUGACAACCCCUCUCCACGACUACGCACCUUCGUUUCAACACAAUCAGCUCCACUCAAACCCGUCGCCAGCGCCGUCAAUUUACCGCAUGAUGCAAAGCCAAGACGAGACGUUCCGCUCGGAUUCUCGCUGGAUGGCGAAUCAAGGCCAGCAGCACCAAUUCUCGGCCCCUUCGACCGCCAGCACGACGCCCACCGACUCAGGGAAGCCGCAGGAAAGCCACAACGACAACGGUGGUCAUGGUAACCAGCUGCAGAACGCACUUGGAUCGCUUCACGGAGUUGACGAGGGGCAAGCGAUCAAGCGCAUUCUGCGCUCGUCAACGCUCAACCAACGCAGCGCGAACUGCUUCCGCCCACUUGGAUCCACUCCGAAGGUCGCUAACGCGAUGACUGGCAAGGUGAUGCCGCUUCCCGCAACGAGCCCUGUGGCGCUCGACCAGUCUGCCAAGAUUCAGCUCUUAACUGCGCUGAACGACUGCUACUGGAAGAAUGGACGCAAGAACUUGCAGUGUUUCCCGUCCUGCCCCGAGCACCACGACUUCUACUCCAUGAAGAUGAACAACCGGAAGCACUCGAGCGUCGGAGUGUGCCGUGGCCCCGUGUACUGCCACGCAUUCACGAACGCCGCGGAGUUCCUGCCAGCAGCGUCGACCCAACACACCAAGCAUGAGCACGGGUCGAGGGUACCGUGCGGCGGGAGCGGAGCCCGAGAGGUGUUUGUUCUUGGUCGGUUCGAGCGCGUCCCGCAGCAAGACUCGACCAAUCUGCUGGAGGAGCUCAACGCGCCGCCGUCGUUUCCGAACGCCGCAGUCUUCGAGCAGUUCCGCUUCACGUGUUUUCAGGCGGUUGAGAUGGAAGAGCGUCGUGUGCUGCUGCCUGAGUCCCCUCACGACCAAGCGACUGACUCAUCGGACACCAAGUUGGAUAGCCUCGCCGCUGGGGCUCAUUCCAAGAAGCGCUUCAUCCGGAGCACUUGGUUCUUUCUUCCCGACGUGUGGAAGGUCCAGCCAAUGCUGAAGAAGAAGCGCAAGGCGACGCGCUCGGCGCCCGCGCAGACGUUCCCGUUCUGCUUCCGGAUCUUCGUCUACACGCGCGACGCCAACGGCCCUGGGUAUUCGUGCAUCGCCGACACCGCCUCGACCUUUUUCGAGCUGUACUCGACGCGGACCGUGGACCGUGUCAAGCGCAAGUACUGGAGCGGCGAGACCCAGCGCAACUCGAAGCCGCAGCAGCGAGGACUCAAGCGGCUCUAG